AUGCUCAUCCCCUCUGACUCCCUCUCUCUGAUGAGCGCGUGCAGCAGGAAGGCGCUGACAUUGCUGAGCAGUGUGUUUGCGGUCAGCGGCCUGGGGCUGCUGGGAGUGGCGGUCAGCACAGACUACUGGCUCUACCUGGAGGAGGGAGUCAUCCUGCCUCUCAACCAGACCGCCGACAUCAGGAUCUCCCUGCACUCUGGCCUCUGGCGGGUCUGCUUCCUGGCUGGUGAAGAGUCGGGCCGCUGCUUCACCAUCGAGUACAUCAUGCCCAUGAACGUGCAGCUAACCUCCGAGUCCACAGUAAACGUUCUCAAAAUGAUCCGCUCAGCCACUCCGUUCCCUCUGGUCAGCCUCUUCUUCAUGUUCAUCGGCUUUGUGCUCAACAACAUCGGACACAUCCGGCCGCACCGCACCAUCCUGGCCUUUGUCUCUGGAAUUUUCUUCAUCCUCUCUGGACUGGCUCUGGUGGUGGGUCUGGUUCUGUACAUUUCCAGUAUUAACGAUGAAAUGCUGAACAGAACUAAGAGCAGUGAGGCCUAUUUCAGCUACAAGUACGGCUGGUCCUUUGCCUUUGCUGCCCUCUCCUUCCUCCUCACUGAGAGUGCAGGCGUCAUGUCUGUGUACCUGUUCAUGAAGCGCUACACGGCGGAGGAGAUCUACCAGCCUCGCCAUCCCAGUUUCUACCGCCCUCGCCUCAGCAACUGCUCCGACCACUCCGGCCAGUUCCUGCACCCGGAGGCCUGGUCACGCGGCCGAAGUCCCUCCGACAUCUCGAGUGAGGCCUCGCUCCAGAUGAGUGCUAGUUACCCAGCUCUCCUUAAAUGUCCCGACUACGACCAGGUCUCCUCCUCACCCUGCUGA